AUGUCUUCUCUUUCCCAGAAUCUUCUAACAGAACCUGCAAACACCACUUAUGCUACGAACUCAACGCUUACAAGAAAAGAAUUGAACAGUACUAUACAGCCGGAAAGAAAUGAUGAAGGUUCUGCAAUAAGAAAAAUAAUGGCAUCAAAAAAAGAUGAAAAUAUUACUGGUCAAUCCGAAAUCAAUACAAGUGCCAAAAGCCAGCCAAUUAACUCUACACGUGACGGGGAAGAUUCAGGAACUGAUCUUAAGAAUCUUCUAACAGACCCUGCAAACACCACUUAUGUUACGAACUCAACGCUUACAAGAAAAGAAUUGAACAGUACUAUACAGCCGGAAAGAAAUGAUGAAGGUUCUGCAAUAAGAAAAAUAAUGGCAUCAAAAAAAGAUGAAAAUAUUACUGGUCGAUCCGAAUUCAAUAUAAGUACGAAUUCUAACUUAAAUACUACUACCCACCAUGAAGACGCAGUUGUCAGCCCAACUGAAAAAGUUUAUGUCCCCAACAAUGCAUCGUCCGCAGAACUAAACGUAUCAUCUACUAUUCAACCUAAAGAAGCAGAUGUAACUACUUCCUCGGCAAAUGAUAUCAAGAAACCUGCCUUUCCGUAUUGCAUUAUACUAAUAACCUUCCAGAUUGUAACGGUUGGAAUGAUUAUAUACUUAGUUUUUCGUACCAUGCGUAAGCCUUGUCAAUCCGAAAGAGCAAUUCCAUUAAACUCAUUCGGCUUUGGAAAUAAUAGUUCUUACGAGUGAUCCGUAAUCAUUUAGUACUUUCAUUAUUGUUUUUUUAAAACUCUUCAAGACUCCACUCAUGGAAACUUAGUCAUAAUUUCCAAGAGCUUUUUCACAUUAACCAAUAUGUAAUCUGUAUCUUAUGUUGUAGAAAUUUUUUAAAUAUAAAUUGCUUACUUUGUAGAGUGUAACUCCAAGAAAUACCUAUUAUUAACAUUAUCUAUAAGUUAUGGUUAAAUAAAGAUAUUUUUUCAGAACGUGUUUUUUGACUUAUUCUACAUAACCUCAAUGCAAACGCAACCCGCACUCUAUUCGAUUCUACCCCUCAUCGAGCUGAUAGGUUUUUACAAAGCAUUGCUUACGUAAUGCCAUAUUUCAUAUCUUCAAAAUCCAACUAUGUUUCAACAACCGACCUAGAAUGAAAAGUGAUAUUAAAAGAAACAUAUUUCUUUUUGAUAGUUUUGCUUAACAUAUUGCAGCUCAACAAAUACCGACAUCAUCCAAAUAAGUCAAUAAGGAUGAUGAAAUUUGAAGUCAGCUAAAUUAUUAUUUUGUUUUAACUUUAAUUCUUCGAAUUGUCGAUUUUUGACCUACAUAUUAACGCUCGGUAAAUAUAAUAUUAAAACGUGACUAAUGACAUGUAUUAUUGUUUUUGAACUAAAAGUUCUCAUCACCGACAAAGGAAAAACCAGUGCUCGUUUACCGAUAAGGUUUAUCAAAAUAUACAAUACAAUACCAAUUUAAUAUAGUGGAAACCUAAAACAUGCAAACCUUCUCAAUAAGACAAUUUAUAGAUAAAUUGAGAAAAAUAUAGAUAGCCCGAACUGGGAAUCGAACCCAGACCAUGUCGGUAUCGCGCCGAGUGCUCUACCAGUUGAGCUAUCCGGCACUAUACUAUAUUCCGUUCAAUUUUAUCUAUAAC